GUCUUAAUAAUAAAGUGCCGAAACGUCUUAAUAAUAAAGUGCCGAAACGUCUUGGUGCCGAAAAGUCCUGCACCCAUGACAACUCGUACCUAAGCGAUAUGUCACUUAUAUGCGCAUGGGUAUAUUGCAUUUUGGGCAGAUUCUUGGGUACGAGUUGACUUUUGCCUUUUGGGUACGAGUUGACCUAUUUGGUACGAGUCGGUUAGGGUACGAGUUGACUAGAAAACCUCCAAACCAUAGCAGUUCAUAACGAUCUAAGUGAGCGGAUCAUAGGAUCUGAUUUUAAUCAGAUUGUACAUGGCAUUGGAUUGCACAGCUAUCAUUCAUUUAAUAUAAUAUACAUGUUUGAUUGAAUUGUUUUUUUUCUUUUUUUUAAGGGAAGUUUUAUCUUCUGACGUAAAUGUUGACAUAGUUCAACUAUGUCAACAUUUACGUCAGAAGAUAAAAACUAUUAGUUGUACCCAACAUGAAUUAGGUCAAAGUAAACUAACGCGUAGUGUUUAUAUAUAACGCCAGCGUAGGUACAUGUAUGGCGGCUGAUUUGUGUCAUUUUACAAUUUGUCAUCUCGUCGUUAUUUUGAGGUGAAAUGUAAUUAUGGACGAUAAUUAUCAUCUUGUAGUCUUUCCGGUAUUUUGGGACGAAAUGUCGCUGAAUAUUAUUUAAUUGUAUUUUUGCCUCGAAAUAACACAAAUAACGAUAAAAUGUAUAAUGACACAAACAGCCACCAUACCUAGCCCCUAAGCGAGCCGAUUUCUGAAAAUCAGACGAAGGUCGAAAUUAAAUGGGAAAUAAAAUGGCGGCCAUGUUAGAUUUUCAGGUUGUCGUGGUCUGUCGCUGUUCGUGGUCUGUCGCUGUUCGUGAUGGAGGAGGAAGUCGACGUUAUGACAGUGGAGGAAGAACACAAUGAUCGGCCAUUUCCUGUAGAGGGAGACAACUCAACAUCAGCUAAUGAUGAUGCAGACAUUUAUGAUUUUAUGAACAGAGCUUGUGAGAGGUUUCUGCAGGCCGAUCGUGAAUACCUGUUGCUGGUGGCAGGGAGUAAGAACAGCCCCAGAAAAGGCCUCCAUCUGUCCUCACCCAAAGGCAGCUCAUUUCUUAACAGUCGGUCAGCUGACCUGUUGGAGGAAUUCAUAACUCAUUGUUAUGGGAGGAUUGAAGGAGACGAAAACCUGGAUCCACUAGACGAAUACGUAAACUACAUCAACAAAACCAGUGAUGUGAAGGAACCGAUGAUCUUGGAGGUCAAAGAGGUCAAGGUCACUGAAGAGAGCUUCACAGUAGUCAAGAGCAAAUCUCCAGUUAAAGAAAACGAGAAGAGCACGCGGCGAGUAUCGAUGAGAUUAGUGAAGAAGAAACAAGACAGCUGUGUGAUAGAUAGAGAGAAUGUGAACGAGCAGGUUAAUGGGAAAGACGAAGGCUGCAAUGAUUUUGUAGAUGAUGAUGAUGAUGAUGAUGAUGAUGAUAAUGAUGAUGACGAUUGGCAGCCUAAUGGAGAGGACAUAAAAAGCAGUUUGGAUGAAGGGAUGGAACCCAAGGCAAAGAAAACCAAGACUACAGAUAUGGACUUUGAUAGUGAUGAUACUAUUGCGGAAAACACCCCUGACGUCAAAACCCUGAAUGAUGUUGUGUCCAACAUAUGUGCCAAAUUAGUGGAUGACGAGAGCACCAAUCAGAACUCUAGAAGCAGCAGAAGGACAUCCAAUAAAAAGACAGCACACAAAUCAAAAUCCAAAAAACUAGGGAAAGCCAAUCGAAAAACACAAAACAGAACCGCUGGUAAGGGCACUGAGACUGGGGAGUGCAGAACAAGGAAGCAAUGCAGCGGAUGUCAACAGGACUUCAGAUCCGUGCUGGAACUCCGCCUCCACCAGAAAUCCACCGCCUGUCUGAAGAAGAAAUUCUUCUGUGAUCUGUGUUCUGCCAGUUUUGUAACUGAGUCCGGGUUACUGAAACACGAACGUAUCACCCACACAGUUGAUAAUGAAGUGAAGAGGAAGAGUUCCAGCAAGGAGAUAGGAAAGUUUCACGUGUGCGUGCAGUGUAAUGAGGAGUUUCCGACCAAAGAGGUGCUCUCUAAACACCAGAAGAAGCAUAACAAGAAUCUACACGCCUGUAGGAAAUGCAAGGAGUUGUUUCCAGAUCAGGAGGCGUAUGAGGAGCAUAAGAAAAAACAUGCUGAGGAUGAGGCAAAUGAGGAGGAGGAGGAGGCGGGGAAUGAGGUGUGUGUGAACUGUGAAAAGCCAAUCAUUGGCGAGGAGUUGGAGUCGUACUCCAUGCUUUGUGAGGAAUGCUGUAACAACCAAUUCUCCUGUAAGCAAUGCCAGCAGCGGUAUAAAAUGUUCUACAUUCUGGCCAUGCAUGACUGCAGGAAAUCUUAUGUUAAGAACAUGGAGGAAAUUCUGACUACAGGCUUUGAAAACCACCAGGACAGCCUGCCGUGCAAUAUCUGCCAGAAAAAGUUCAAGAAUCGGAAAAAUCUGUGUGCCCACUACAAAACUCACUACAGCGAUACGAGGUUUCAGUGUAAUAUCUGCUGGAAGUAUUACAAAGACAGCAGCAAGCUCAAAAAGCAUAAGAGACUUGUUCACUCCGAAAACAGAGAUUACAAAUGCACUGUCUGUGGAAAAACUUUCAAAGAAAAUGAAAAAUUGCUGAGGCAUUUGAGGAUAUGCUACAAAAUCCGUGAUAAUGGUUCAGACUCGGGGUCCUCGGGUGAACCCCAGUUGCAAAAUGACGGAGAUGACAGGAGCUCGGCAUCGCAGGAAAUCGUAUGCAAAGCUUGUUUCCGAAAUUUUCAUUCGGAGCGGUCGUAUUUAAGACACAGGUGUGAAGGUCUAGGGAAGGAAGGGAAUGUGGAAGAUGAGAAGGCACAAUCGGAUGCCACGUCGUGCAAGAACUGCGGCAGAUCGACGACGGACAGCAAUGACAACUUGCUCUGUCGACAAUGCUCCGGUAACAAGUUUAUGUGCGAUAAAUGCCAACAAGCGUACAGCAUGUUUUAUCUUUUAGCUAUGCACGACUGUGAAAAAACUUUCAAAGAAAAUCUGCAAUGCAUAAGAAACACUGACUUCUCUAGUCCCAAACUUGAGUUGCUGUGCCACAUCUGCAACAAGACUUACAGCAACAAGAAAAAUCUGUGCUCUCAUUACAGAAUACAUUUUGCCAAUGAGCGGAUUCAGUGCGACCAGUGUGGACAGACGUUCAAACAUCAGAACAGCUUACACAAACAUAAACGAUUUGUGCAUACUGACACUCGUGACUACAUCUGUGACAUCUGCGGAAAGGCAUUCAAGCAAAGCGACACUCUGAACACGCACCGGCGGUUACACACCCACGAGAAAACUAAGGACUACCAGUGUAAGGUGUGUGGGAAGUAUCUGUCCGGGGGCACGGCGCUGUCCGUCCACAUGAACCUUCACUCAGGGGCCCUGCCGUAUGUCUGUGAGAUCUGCGGAAGAGCAUUUAGACAGUAUGGAAAUUUACAGAAGCACAAGAUUACUCACGGUGCUUAUAAGAUCUACCAGUGCCACGUAUGUCAGAAAUCUUUCAAACAUUGCGAGACGUAUAAAAUCCACAUGAAGGGUCAUGUGUUGGACGGGACACUGUCCGACAACAAGUACGGCAAAAUCUACACCUGCAACUACUGUCAUAAAAAAAUGCCAUCAGCCUCCCAAUAUACUGUCCACCUCAGAACACACACAAAUGAGAGACCAUUCAAAUGUCAGCUGUGUUCCAAAGCCUUCAAGGAGCAUGGAAAGCUGAAGAGACACAUGAAGACCCACAUCCACGAGCCCUCCUCAAAACGACGAACAGUGGCCUCAACCCCGGCCAGUGCUAGCUACGAGGUGCCUGGGAGAGAUUUAGAGUACCAGCCGAAUGGUGACCCGGGCUCAAUGCUGGACACGAUGACGGUGUCUUUUACCUCCGCCUCCGAGGAACAGCUGAACCCCGGUAUCGCGAUCCCCAUAACAGAGAGCGCGAUCAGUUAUCCUCCUCAGCAGGUGGCGCAAUUCAGUGAACAAGGGGAAGUUAUCAGAUUCGAUGAUAAAUACACCAGGGAGCGCUUUCUGCCUUUAGAGUAAAUCUUCGCUAUUUUCAAAAGUAGACAAGGGAGAUAAUCAGUUUGUAGGGAUAGUCCAGUGAUCAUUGACAGAUGUUUUUGUAGAGUAUAUAAAAAUUGUUAUAAUUAUUAGUUAGAAAUUUUUGGUGCUUUAAUUUGGUGGAGUAUUGUGUUACUAAGGUGAGCAUGGGUGGUGAAUGAGCUUCAAUAGUUUUGUAAACAAUGUAGACAUUUACACAUGGUGGCUAUAGCACUACAGUAAGCAGACAUUUACACAUGGUGGCUAUAACACUACAGUAAGCAGAGAUUUACACAUGAUGGCUAUAGCACUACAGUAAGCAGAGAUUUACACAUGGUGGCUAUAACACUACAGUAAGCAGACAUUUACACAUGGUGGCUAUAGCACUACAGUAAGCAGAUCUUUCUACACAGAAAAAUCUCACACAUGUUCGUUUCUCCGUGUUGCAUUUCUUUCAUGAAUUCUUUUUUAGAGUUGUAGGAAAUUAACAGCAAAAUGAAUUUCAUCAUUAUGUGUUUUAAAAUCAUGUACUGAAACACUUAUUUUGGGGUAAUCAUGAUUUAGUGUUUGUUUAGUGUCUGUUAUUCAAGGAACAGAAACUUUUAUAUUUUAGUGCAACCAUAAAUUAGUGUUGUAAUUGUUUCACUGCCAAAGUUGCUGAAAUUUGAAUCUCGCUAUCUAUAACACUCAUAAAUUUCGCUAACAAUAACACCUAUAAAUCUUGCUAACUAUAACAUGUAAAUCUCGCUAACUAUAACACAUGUAAAUCUCGCUAACUAUAACAUGUAAAUCUCGCUAACUAUAACACAUGUAAAUCUCGCUAACUAUAACAUGUAAAUCUCGCUAACUAUAACACAUGUAAAUCUCGCUAACUAUAACACAUGUAAAUCUCACUAACUAUAACAUGUAAAUCUCGCUAACUAUAACACAUGUAAAUCUCACUAACUAUAACACAUGUAAAUCUCGCUAACUAUAACACCUGUAAAUCUCGCUAACUAUAACACCUGUAAAUCUUGCUAACUAUAACAUGUAAAUCUCGUUAACUAUAACACCUGUAAAUCUUGCUAACUAUAACAUGUAAAUCUCGUUAAUUAUAACACCUGUAAAUCUUGCUAGCUAUAACAUGUAAAUCUCGCUAUAUGUAACUAUAACAUGUAAAUCUUGCUUACUAUAACAUGUAAAUCUCGCUAACAAUAAUACCUGUAAAUCUCGCUAACUAUAACAUGUAAAUCUCACUAUAUGUAACUAUAACAUGUAAAUCUCGCUAACUAUAACAUGUAAAUCUCGCUAACAAUAACACCUGUAAAUCUCGCUAACUAUAACAUGUAAAUCUCGCUAUAUGUAACUAUAACAUGUAAAUCUUGCUAACUAUAACAUGUAUAUCUCGCUAACAAUAAUACCUGUAAAUCUCGCUAACAAUAGCACAUGUAAAUCUUGCUAACUAUAACAUGUAAAUCUCACUAACAAUAACACCUGUAAAUUUUAUAUAAAUCGGACAUAAUUUUUUAAGGUGUUCAAUUUGUGGUUUCCGUGAAUGACUGUAAAAAGAACUUUGCAACUCAAAACUUCAUUUUAACAUUUUCCCGCAUUUAUAUCUUAUUUAUUCCUCAGUAUGAAAUGCAUAUAUUAUAUAGAAUAAGUUUCUUGUGCUUCUCGACUCUAUGAAAAGCUAAAAUUGAAUAUUUUUAGCAUCUAUUGACCCUAAUGUGGAGAUGAAGGGUUCUGAUUGGGUAACAAGCACUCUUUUGCUGUAAGCAAAAUGUCUUAUCAUUCACAAUGUACAAAAUGAAAAUGAACAAACCCAAUAUUUAAGGUUAUAAUGCUUCAUUUUAAAUCAGCAUUAUUGUUAAAGUAAUUACUAGCAAAUGUACUCUUCAGAAUGUUAUAUCUGUUGUAUAUCAGUGUUCGUUAUCUUCACCUUGCAUGCAUAUGAUCAAAACUUUUGUAUUGUGCUAUAAUCAUACAAUUUUUUACCAUGUUUCGCAUUUCAUAUCUUUACAUUUCAUUGAUAGAAACUUCUUGGUGAAUGCACUACAUUUAUAAACAAUGUGCGUAUGAAUACACAAACUACUCGAUAGAUACGGUACACCUAUUUUAACGACAUGGAUAUACAUGUGCGUAUGAAUACAACAUCUACUUGAUAGAUAUAGUACUUAUAUUUUAAUGGCAUAGAAAAAGUGAAAGUAGAAUGUAGAUCUCGAGAGUUAAUCUCAUUUUUGUAAAUAAAUCAGAGUAUGAACUGUGAUGCUUCACGCACUUGUAGUUCAUAUUCUUAUCUAUUUACAAACAUAAAAUCUAUUUCCGGAAUACAUUCUAUAAUCAUGCUUUUAGUUACUCGGUAUUCAAAAAAGCCUUUUAAGGGAUCUUUUUCUUGGGUGAGAUAUCUCUAAGUACAGUUGUAUCCUAGGAUCAGCUAGGGUAUGCACUGUGACGCGUCUAGACGUAUGUCAGCAUUGCAGUUCAUACCCUCAUGUAUUUGCAAAAAUGAAAUUUACUGCUUGAUUAUAUCGAUAAUCAUGCUUUCAGUUACUUAAAAAAAAAACCAUUGAUACAAUUUGUUUUGUGGGUGGGUACUCAAGAAACCAUUUUUACAUUAUUUUUUCUUGGUUGGGGUGUCUGUAAGUACAGUUGUGUCUCUCAUUUAUGUACAAAAAUAAAAUCUAUUUCCAGAAUACAUCUAUAAUCAUGAUUUUAGUAACCGAUACCCAAGAAACCAUUUUUACACGAUUAUUUUUUUUGUGUCUGCAAGUACAGGUGUGUCCUGGUUUAUGGACCUACUUUUUUAUGUGGUAGCUUUUCAAUGAAAUUUAUAGAAUAUGAAAUUACUUUUUUAAAAAUGCAUAGCAAUAUUUCCAAAGGGAAGAACUCGCAUAUCCAUGUGUAAUCUAUGAUUUCAUCCGUGUCCUUUUAAGGAGGUAUGCUACACCAGAGAAAUUUGAUGUGGAUGAAAAAUGGAGGAUAUGUACAACAAUAUUUUGAAGUUGAACAUUUUCAAAUUUACUUUAUUUUGUCGAAAAAUACAGUUUUAAUAGAAAGUAAUUUGGAAAAAAAUUAAAACCCCUGCUGGACUCGAACCUGCGAUCUACAGUUCAGUAGUCGGUAUUCAAACCUACUGAGCUACUUGGCUAGGUAUUGAAAUUGAAAAGAAAAAGUCAAAUAUUGCUGAUAUCGAUUUUUUCAUCCAUGUUUUUACAGGAAGUCAGCCAUUAUGACAUGUAGAGUACUACCUUAAUUGCUCUUUUUAAAAUUUUGUAAGGUGACUGUUAAGGUGUUCAAUUUCAUGAUAUCGGUAUAUACAUCUGUACGUUUGAUUUGUAAUGUUUAUUUUAUUAGUUUUUGUAUGUACGUUUAAAACCAGUCAUUACGUCGAAUAUUGUAUGAUGUGUUUCAUACCAAUUGUUAGGUCAUUCUUUGUAUACUAAUUUUGACUACAAUUUACUCUGUUUAUCUGAUCAAUGUAUAUGACUCACGGCGGAUGUGACCAGUCGACAGGGAAUGCUUACUCCUCCUAGGCACCUGAACCCACCUCUGGUGUGUCCAGGGGUCCGUGUUUGUUCCACUGUAAAUUUCGUAUUGCUCUACUGUAAAUUUCGUAUUGCUCUACUGUAAAUUUUGUAUUGCUCUACUGUAAAUUUUGGUUGCAUUUCUAUUGAUGGAAUUUUAUUAACUUACAUGUAGUAAUUUUCAACUGUUGCGUCUCAUAUUGUUUUGAGAAGGCGAUCAUUAUAUAUACGAGUGAAUGUGUGUGCCAUUGUGUGUGUGUCAGAUUGUGGGUGUGUCAUUGUGUGUGUGUGUGUGUGUUUGUUUGUGUGCCUUAUUAUGUCCAUUGUUUGAUAAUGUACUACACGUAAGCAUGAGAAACCCUGACAUAGUGUGACUGUCAGAAAUAACCAACACAUGUAUAAUACACACGAGAUAUAUC